CAGGAGAAGUCAAGGACAGCCAGGAUACCACCUGUGCAGAACCUGCAGUGACAACCAUAUCAAGCACUUCUGAAGCACCAGCCAAGCCACCCAGGUCACCUAAAACAGAAGAACAUCUAGAGAAUCCUCUCUCAGGUGCCUCAGUGCCCCUGGAGCUGUCCACUGUGUCCUUGGCCCCAGCAGAGCAGCUAUGGUGCCAUUCCCGAGACCAUGCGGUCAAGCUGAGGAUGACUGAGUCUGGGCUGGGCUCUGAGGCCCCCAUGACUGUCCACCAGAUGUUCUUGGAGACAGUGGAGAACUAUGGAGACCUGCCUGCGUUGUCAUCGAAAAAAGACGGCCAGUGGGUCACUUUGACCUGGAGGGAAUAUUACCAGCAGUGUCGAGCCGCAGCCAAGAGCUUCCUUAAGUUGGGACUGGAGCGUUACCAUGGCGUCGGUAUUCUGGGCUUUAACUCUCCAGAGUGGUUCAUCUCCGACAUUGGCUGCAUCCUGGCUGGGGGUCUUGCUGUAGGCAUCUACACCACCAAUUCCCCAGAGGCAUGUUUGUACGUGGCAGAAAACUGUGAGGCAAAUGUACUGGUGGUGGAGAACCACAAACAGCUCCUCAAAAUCCUCCAGAUUAGGGAUAAGCUUCCACACUUGAAAGCAAUCGUUCAGUACAAGGAUGAGCUGCAACAGAAGCUGCCAAACCUGUACACUUGGGCUGAGUUUAUGAAGCUUGGUGAGGAGGUGCCUGAUGAGCUGCUGAAUGCUGUGGUGGAAAGUCAGAGGGCUAACCAGUGUUGCACGCUCAUAUACACCUCCGGAACUACAGGCAACCCCAAAGGGGUCAUGCUGAGUCAUGACAAUGUCACCUGGACUUCAAAUGCAGCGGGCGUCAUGACAGAUCUGCAACAUGGGGUGGAAUGUGUGGUGAGCUACCUACCCCUGAGCCAUGUAGCUGCCCAGGUCAAUGACAUGUGGAUCUGCAUGAGAUUCGCAGCGGCUACGUACUUUGCAGACCCAGAUGCUCUGAAGGGUUCUUUGGGGGCGACUCUGAAGGAGGUGCGUCCCACUAGUUUCCUGGGAGUUCCGCGUGUGUGGGAGAAGAUGCAGGAGAAGUUGAAAGCCAUCGGUGCCAAAUCCUCAGGUAUUAGGAAAAAGGUGUCAGACUGGGCUAAAUCCAUUGGACUGCAAGCCAACUACAGUGCCAUGAAUGGUGAGAACUUGGUGCCCUGGGGCUUCAUGCUGGCUAACAACCUGGUGUUUAAGAAGGUUCGCUGGGCCAUGGGCCUAGACCGCUGCAAGAACUGCUUAACGGGGGCAGCUCCCAUCACCAAGGAGACCUUGGAGUACUUCAUGAGCCUUAACCUCCCACUGUAUGAGCUGUAUGGGAUGAGUGAAAGCACUGGCCCUCACACCAUCUCCUGGGAGAAUAACUACAAGAUCAUGAGCUGUGGAAAGGUGCUGAUUGGCUGCCAGACAAAGUUGGAUAAGCCAGACGAGGAUGGAAACGGUGAGAUCUGUUUCUGGGGACGGCACGUCUUCAUGGGAUACCUUAGCAUGCCAGAGAAGACUGCGGAGGCAUUGGACCAAGAGGGCUGGCUUCACUCUGGAGACCUGGGCAAGCUUGACAAGGACAACUUCCUGUUCAUCACCGGGAGGAUAAAAGAGCUAAUCAUAACAGCAGGUGGAGAGAACAUCCCACCUGUACCCAUUGAGGAUGCAGUGAAAGCAGAGAUUGCCAUCAUCAGCUGUGCCAUGUUGCUUGGAGACAAACUGAAAUUCCUCUCCAUGAUGCUCACGCUGAAAUGUUUAGUAGAUGACAAUGGAGAGCCGACGGAUGAGCUGGCCCCAGAGGCCGUGGAGUUCUGCCAGCAGAGGGGCGUCACAGCAACCAAGGUCUCUGAGAUCUUAGCCAAUAAGGAGCCAGCUAUUUACAAAGCCAUCCAGGAGGGUAUAGAACGUGUCAAUGCUAAAGCUACCUCCAAUGCCCAGAGGGUCCAGAAGUGGGUCAUUUUGGAUAGAGAUUUCUCUAUAUCUGGGGGAGAAAUAGGGCCGACCAUGAAGCUAAAGAGAGGUGUUGUUGUCAAAAUGUACCAGGACAAAAUCAGAGAGAUUUAUGGAAUAGCAGAAGAGAGCAGAGAAACCUGACGUGGGCUGUUUAUCACUGGAUGACUGUUAUUGAAGUAUCAAAUGCAUUUGUUCAAUUUUUUUUUCUAAUUCUCUACUAACUGGAGAAUUAUCCAAUUGUUAUUUGCCACAUAUUACUAUUUAAGGUGUUUCAAUGUAUAUAGGCUUUACCAGAAAUUAUAUCUGCACUUUUUUGUAAAUAAACCUUAUAAUCAUCCUA